AAGUUUUAGCAAUCAAGGAUGGUUUAUUUUUUGGAACUUUGAAGGAAUAAUAUAAGAAAUAAGAAGACAAAAAAUGAGUAUGUGUUCAUUUAUAGGAAAUAUUGCCUCAACUUUAAUUUGAGAGAGAGGAGUUAAAAUGUGGUGGAAAUAGGGGAAAGAUAUUAAGAGUUUCAGAGGGAAAGAAGUUGGCAAAUUUGAGUUUGUCUAUUGAAGUGAUUUGUAUCAAAUCAUAUUUUUCACGCAAAUUUGAGUUUGAGUAAAAAUUGAAGUCAUGGUUCUUUGAAAUUUCAUAGUUGUGACAAUCUAAAAAGACGUAGCAUUUUCAGGAACUUGCAUGAUGGCUAACAUAUGUUGCCCAUGUGUAAUGAUAAGAGAGUUCAGUACAUUAAAAGCUUAAUCUUAAUUGUAUAUGACUUUAGCUUCUAAACAUUAUUGAAGUACUUGACACUAAUAUUUAUUUUUUAAUACUUUGCUUGUUAAAAUCUCUGAUUAUCCAUCGUCAUGCUUAAACUUGAUUUGGAAAUAUGAAUAAUAUAUUUGCCAAGGAUCUCUGGGGGAAUUUCAUGAAGUUCCUGAUUAUGAAAAUAUGAAGAGAUGUUUUAACCUAUUUAGUAUGAUUAAGCUGGUCCCCCUCUGAGGUAUGAAUAUCUUUUGUGACCCCCUUUGACCCUCUAUUAUAAGUCUUUUCAACUCUUCAUCAAUUCUGUGAUUUCUGGCUUUGUCCUUCCCAUGGGUAUAUUGUAUUAUAUUUUCUUUACUUUCUAAGAAAAAUGUGAACAUGCAAAAUGCUUGCACUCAAUAUUGAUGAGAUUUAUCCUUUUUUCCAUCAUAUUUCUGGUUAGAUUUCUUGACGUAACAAGAAGUAAAGCUACUCUUCCACUUAUCCUAACAUACUCUAAUCUAGCAUUUGUGGUUCUUGCUUUUAUUGCUUACAGAUUCUAUGUUUUUAUUAUAAAUUUGAUCAUUUAUUCCCGCGGACAAUUAUCUUCUUAUGAGAGGGUUUGAGAUGACAGAGGAACAUCUUACUAAUUUUCUGAUUAAAUGGGUUUGCAGGAUGUGUCAUCACAAAUAAUGUCCUUUUCUCAGCAUGGCCCAAGGGCUGUGUGCAUCUUGUCUGCAAAUGGUGCCAUCUCCAAUGUGACUCUACGUCAAGCUAAUACAUCUGGUGGAACUGCAACUUAUGAGGGGCGGUUUGAUAUAUUGUCUCUUUCUGGUUCGUUUCUGCUAUCAGAGGUUGGUGGCCAGCGGAGCAGAACAGGUGGGUUGAGUGUCUCGUUAGCUGGACCAGAUGGGCGUGUUCUAGGUGGUUGUGUGGCAGGUCUUCUGACUGCUGCAUCCCCCGUUCAGGUCAUUGUUGGCAGUUUCAUUGCAGAUGGCCGCAAGGAAUCCAAGCAUGUAAACCAAAUGGAACCUUUAUCUGCUCCCCCAAUCCUCAACCCAGGCAGUGGUGCAACGGGUGCUAGCAGCCCGCCAUCACAUGGGACUCUUAGUGAGUCAUCUGGAGGGCCCGGCAGUCCACUUAACCAGAGCGCAGGUGUCUACAAUGGCACUAAUCUCCAAGGCAUGUCAGGCAUGCCUUGGAAGUGA